CGCCCGCUAUACAACGUCCGCCGCCGCCGCAUCAAAACCGCUUUUCCGCUGCCGCCGACGACGGACGGACAACGACGAUUUUCGGUGAACGCAGUAGUAACGCACGGCCGUCGCUACAUAGGGCAGUUGGCCGAACGCGCGGGGUGCUUGUUGUGGCGGCGAUACCGAACCGACGCCGACCCGUUCGCCCGCCGCCGAUUUUGCACGUUGGCGACGCAGCCCACUCAUCUGGUUCGCACUUGGACGUCGCUGGACACGAGCGACAUCGUUAUGACCGCCGACCCCGCCACCCCGUAUUCAGAAUGUAUAGAUACAAACCAUAUGGAUCGUCUGCAAAUAGAUAAAUGAAUGCUCUCAAUUUAGGACCAUGUUUACAAACAUAACAUUUAUAUUGUUGAUUUCAUGAAAAUGCCGAUAUCAUUUAAAUGGAUUGGAAAUUUAUUACUGUGGGAAAAUUGGUGAUGCCGAGUUCCAAACUAUGUUUUGUGUUGGUGUUAUUGCUAAUAACUACAACAUUAAAAUGCAGUUCAGCAAUGUCAGUUAUAGCUAAAUACCCACAGAAUACACAGUCAGAAUGUUUUUCAAACCAUCUACUUCACAUGGCUGUAGACAAGAGUUUAGGGGGUCGAGUUUACAUUGGUGCAGUAAACAAAUUAAUACAACUAGAAGGGUCUAAUUUAACUGUGGAAACAUGUGCCAAUACUGGUCCACUCUCAGAUAGUCCGCAAUGUCCAGCAAGUGGUUGUCCAGUAUCUCCACCCGUUGAAACAUCACUUACUGACAACUAUAACAAAAUUCUAAUCAUCGACUUAGAAUCUCGAAUGUUAAUAGUAUGUGGUUCUAUUUUUCAAGGUGCUUGUAACAAGUAUAAAAUGUCAAAUGUGUCAUUACCAGCACAAUUUAUUCCUAUGAGUAUAGCUGCCAAUACAGAACAAGCUUCAACAUAUGCUUUCAUUGGACCAGAACAUUAUAAUAAUUGGGGUUAUUCAAAUGUAUUGUAUGUUGGAACGACUUUUACUAACAAUGGAGAUUAUAGACAUGCUGUACCAGCAAUUUCAAGUCGUAGCCUGUAUAAUUUAAAUUUAGCAGAAACUUCAUUUUUAAAACAAUCUUCACUUAACAUCAAUGUAAAUUAUCGUGAUCGUUUCCUUGUUAAAUACAUAUAUGGAUUCAACUCGAGUGAUUAUGCAUAUUUUGUUGUUGUUCAAAAACAUUCACCUUUGCCGGGACAGGAAGAAUUAGGAUAUGUUACCAGAUUAGCCCGAGUUUGUAUAGAUGAUGCCAAUUAUGAUAGUUAUACUGAAGUUACAUUACAAUGUAUGGUAAAAGAGACGUCAAACUCCGAUGAUUUGGUGAAUUAUAAACUUGCUCAAGACCUAAAGCUAAGUAAUGCUGGCGAAGACUUAGCAGCUAGUCUUGGUAUUGAUACUGAUGACCAAGUUUUAGUCGGAUCUUUUUCACCAAGUCAAGGCAUUACUAAUGAACCAACUCCAAAAUCAGCUAUUUGUGCAUUUAGUAUGCAAUACAUUGAAUCUAAGUUUAAUGAAAACAUUCAUAUGUGUUUUAAUGGUACAAUCAAAUAUCGUAAUAUGCCAUAUGUUUCUGGACUAAUAUUGCAAGGAAAUUGUCCUACUGCAGGAUCUACUGGAAAUAUUUUAAACUUUUGUGAAAUUGGUUUAAAAAUAUCGGGAACAGAACCAAUAACUACACAAGCUGCAAUCAAUUUUCCUGAUCACCUUAUUACCUCAAUAACACUAGCAACAACCGAAAGAAAUACCAUUAUUUUUUUGGGAACUUCAACUGGAAUUCUAAAAAAGGUGUUAUUAUCAUCUGCAACUCAUGCUGUAAAUUAUGAAGAAUUGAUCUUGGACAAUGGAAAUGCCAUAUUACCAGAUACAUCACUUACUACUAAUGGAGAACAUUUAUAUGUGUUAACACGGAGCAAUGUAUUGAAAGUAAGAGUAGAGCAUUGUUACAGUUUUACUAAUUGUUCUUCAUGUUUGGAAGCAAAUGAUCCUUACUGUGGUUGGUGUUCACUUGAAAGAAGGUGUACUGUUAGAAGUACUUGUCAAAAAGCAAGCCACAGUUCACCACGAUGGCUAUCUCUUGGUACUGGUCAACAAUGUAUUGAUUUCGAACAAAUAAACCCUGAUCGAAUUCCAAUUCACCAAAUGUCAAAGUUACAACUUGCAAUCAAAACAUUACCAGAAUUGCCUGCCGGUGCUAAAUAUCGUUGUGUUUUUGGCAAAAGUGAUCCAUUAGAUGCAGUUGUUACACAAUUUGGACUACAGUGCUCAACUCCUUCAAUUCAAUCACGCCCAAAAAUUCCAAAAAACCAAGAUCAUAUAUAUGUAUCUUUGUCAGUGAGGUCUUCUGAAACCAAUAAAGACUUUGUAAGCAGAAAUUUUGCAUACUAUGAUUGUUCAGCUCAUACCAGAUGUAUGGAGUGUGUUAAAUCCCAAUGGGCCUGUAAUUGGUGUGUCUACGAAAAUAAAUGUACAAAUAAUAUAUCCAGUUGUCAGCGUAUUAUUAUCAGUGGUGAAAAUAACCCAACUCGUCUUAAAAACCACGGUGCAAUGUUUUGCCCACGGUUCGUCCAACCAGCUCAAAAAAUUUUACUACCUAAUGGUGUUCCUAAAGAAAUAGUUUUACAAGUAGAAAAUUUACCUAACCCUCAAGUUGGACAUACAGGUUUUCAAUGUAUAAUUAAUAUUGAAGGAGCCAAACUAAUGGUUCCUGCGAGGGUAGAAGAAAAGUAUAUCGUCUGUGAUAAAACUACUUAUUCAUAUGAAACUAAUUCUGGAGAAUAUGAUGCAAUGGUCAGUAUGGUUUGGAACAGAAACCAUCAUGUUGAUACAAUAAAUGUGACAUUAUAUAAAUGUGACAUUCUUGGAUCUCAUAGAGAACACCCUGACUGUUCAUUAUGUGUUACACGAAAUCGCAAAUAUCACUGUACUUGGUGCUUAAGUACUUGUGUGUAUUCAGAAACCUGCUCAGAAACAUCUAGCAAUGAAUGUCCAAAACCGAGAAUAGAUAUGAUAAAACCUCUUAGCGGACCAAUUGAAGGCGGUACUAUGGUCACUAUUGAAGGAAGUAAUUUAGGUCUAAAUAGAGAAGAUGUUUGGGGAAAAAUCCAUAUAGGUGGUAUUUUGUGUCAUUUAGUUGAUUAUGAAGUAUCUGUUAAGAUAGUUUGUAAGACUGGACCAUCAAAUGUUGAAAAGUUUGCUUCUAUUGUGGUCGGAAAUAAUGCUGGUCUGACUGAAUCAUCUGUACAUUUCAAUUAUAAGAGUGUUAAGCUUGAUAAAGUGACCCCUAGUAUGGGACCCCAGAGUGGUGGCACACUUUUAGCCAUUAGUGGACAUAAUUUAAACAUUGGAAGCUCGGUGACUGCAUUCCUCGAUAAUUUUCCAUGUACUGUCAAUACAACUCAUGCUUCCAGCACAAGGCUCACUUGCGUGACUUCGGCUGCAAAUAGACCCCUGACUGUAAAUUCAAUGCAUUUAAUCAUUGAUGGUUCCAAUAGGACAUUGGCCAAACCUUUUACCUACCGAAGUGAUCCAACCGUUGCUGAAAUUAAACCACUAAUUAGCUUUUUGUCUGGAGGAAGAAUGAUAACAGUUCAUGGCACAAAUUUUGACAUUAUCCAAAAGCCAGAAAUGGUUAUUUAUGUUGAUUCUGACUUCAUACAUCCCAUUAAUAAAACUGAAUGUAUAGUUCUUAAUUCAGCUCAAAUGGAAUGCCCAUCCCCUUCUGCUAACGGCCAAUUCUUAAAAAAUAUUAAAAGUUAUCGGAAGCGAAGGAGACACACUACCAAUGGAAAAUACUUAGAUUCUUAUUUGACUUUGAAAAUUGGUUUUAUUAUGGACAAUGUUGCUGCUGUAAAAGAUUUAGAAAAACAUUUAAAAGUCUUACAGUCUCAAAUUGUAUAUGUGCAAGAUCCAAAAUAUUUCCAAUUCUCAAAUACUAUUAAGUCAUAUAAAGGCGAUACAUUAGUUAUAGAGGGUGAAAACUUGAAUUUGGCUUGUGAUGAAUCUGAUGUCAAUGUAACUAUUGGAAUGGAAGUGUGCAAUGUUACUUCAUUGGCUAAUACGCAAUUAGUUUGUAUUCCCCCUCAAUAUCAACCACAAUCUAUUGAUGAUUUUGGUUCACCUACCAAAACAGGAUUACCUUUAGUUGUGGUUCGUGUGGGUAAAAAACUAAGAUUCAAUGUGGGAUACUUGCAAUAUGAUGUAUUAUCAACAUAUUCAUUUUCACCUGAGGCAAUUGCUGGUGCCGUAACAAGCGCCUUAUGUAUAAUUAUAAUUUUUUUCAUUAUAUUAUUUUUAUACCGAAGAAAAUCCACACAAGCUGAAAGAGAGUAUAAACGUAUUCAAAUUCAAAUGGAUACAUUAGAAAGCAAUGUCCGGUCCGAGUGUAAACAAGCUUUCGCUGAGUUACAAACCGAUAUGACUGACUUGACUGCAGAUUUAGAAUCUUCUGGUAUACCUACAUUAGAUCACAAUGAAUAUAUUUUAAAAGUAUUUUUCCCUGGAGUUCGAGAUCAUCCCAUUUUAAAUGAAUCAAAGGUUGUUAUUGCUGGAUCAACAACAAAUUAUGAUGCAGCUAUGAUGCAAUUUGAGCAGCUAAUAAAUAAUAAACAUUUUGUUUUAUCAUUCAUUGAUACUCUUGAAUCUCAAAAAACUUUUAGCAUUCGGGACAAAGUCAAUGUUGCUUCUUUGCUUAUGGUUGUUUUAAUGAACAAAAUGGAAUAUGCGACUGAUGUUUUAAGGAGCUUAUUACUUAGACUGAUUGAUAAAUCUGUUAUGUCAAAGCAUCCACAUCUAAUGCUACGUAGAACCGAAUCUGUUGUUGAAAAAAUGUUAACCAAUUGGAUGGCACUCAACAUGUAUAAGUACCUUAAAGAUUAUGCAGGGUCUUCUCUGUUUUUACUUUAUAAAGCCAUUAAACAUCAAGUGGAAAAAGGCCCAGUAGAUGCAUUGACAUAUGAUGCUAGAUACAGUUUAUCUGAAGACCGUUUACUUCGAGAACAAAUAGAUCAUCGUGUUGUUAAUUUAUAUGUUAUGCAAGAUGAAUUAGAUGAUAAAGUGCAAUGUAAAGUCCUAGAUUGUGAUACCAUUAGUCAAGUUAAAUCUAAAAUUCUUGACGCUGUUUAUAAAAAUACAGCAUUUUCCCUAAGACCAUCUGUUUAUGGUGUUGAUUUAGAAUGGCGCCAUGGUCGGGGAGGUCACCUUACGCUUCAAGAUUAUGAUGUUACUACCAAAAACUUGUGUGGAUGGAAAAAGUUAAACACUCUUGCACAUUAUGGUGUAAAAGAAACAGCAGUAAUGACUCUUAUUCCACGCCAACAUGACACAUACAAUAAAUCUUGUACAUCUGGAUAUUAUUCUGGUGCCAUUAUAUCAACAACUAAUGGAGGCAUUGAGACUGGUUCUAGUUCUAAUGGCACUGUCUAUCAUUUUGUUAGAUCUAAUGAUACACAGCAACAAUAUCAUACAAAUAAAAUGCCUGAAAGAACCCAUAAGGCGAUUCCGGAAAUAUUUUUAACUAGAUUAUUGUCAACAAAAGGAACAAUACAGAAAUUUGUUGAUGACUUUUUCUCAACAAUUUUAGCAGCCAAUGAAACUCUUCCGCCCGCUGUUAAGUGGUUGUUUGAUUUGUUUGAUGAAGCUGCAAAAAAAUACAAUAUUAUUGAUCCAGAAGUUGUUCAUUCUUGGAAGUCCAACAGUCUUCCAUUGAGGUUUUGGGUGAAUUUCAUCAAAAACCCAGAUUUCAUAUUUGAUAUUGACAAAACUCCUACUGUAGACUCUUGUUUGUCAGUUAUCGCUCAAACAUUUAUGGAUUCAUGUUCAACUUCUGAUCAUAGAUUAGGCAAAGAUUCACCAUCAAAUAAACUUCUGUUUGCAAAAGAUAUCCCACAGUACAGAGAGACUGUAUUAAGAUUUUAUAGUGACAUUCAAAAAUUACCUCAAAUAACUGAUCAAGAACUAAGCACAACUAUGCAACAGUUAUCUGUUUCACAUUUUGGCCAAUUCCACAUAGUUUCUGCUUUGAAAGAACUGUAUAUUUAUGCUUCUAAAUAUAAUGAUGCAAUUUUGGAUUCAUUAGAAAUGGAUCCUUAUUGUCAAAAGAUUAAUCUCAGUCAUAAGUUAAAUAAGGUGGCUGGGACACUUGAAGGUGAUGAAGCGGCCAUAUGCUGACAGUAGACUGAUUAUUUACUUGCGACUCUAUCCUGUGAUAAAGAUGUUUUAAUGUGUACAGAUUACGUAGAAAUUAUAUUGACUUUUUAAUAAUAU